ACACUACGAAAGCUGAAAAGAUCUGAUGGCAUUAAAUGUUUUUUUUUUUCAUUUGAUAUAUGUCGCGUUGGUGUAUAGUAAGGGAUGUGAUGUUUCCGAACAGAGUGUACGUGGGAUCUAUAUCGUUUGAGUUGAAGGAGGACACGAUCCGGCAGGCGUUCCUGCCGUUCGGGCCCAUCAAAUCCAUCAACAUGUCGUGGGACCCCGUCACGCAGAAGCACAAGGGCUUCGCCUUCGUCGAGUACGAGAUCCCUGAAGCUGCGCAGCUCAGCCUGGAGCAGAUGAACGGCGUCAUGCUCGGCGGCAGGAAUAUAAAGGUGGUGGGGCGGCCCUCCAACAUGCCGCAGGCGCAGGCCGUCAUCGACGAGAUCCAGGAGGAGGCCAAGCAGUACAACCGCAUCUACGUCGCCUCCAUACACCCCGAGCUCACCGAGGACGACAUCAAGAAGUAAGCCCGCGUCCUCCUCGCCCUCCUC